GUGGUGCGGCAGCCUGGGUAAAAAUGUCGCGCGGUGCUAACAAGACCUUACAAGACACCGUCUUAAAAGUGAAUCAAGCGAUCUGCGUGAGGCGACACUGACACUUCAGCCACUGGAUAUACAAAUCUGUUUUUAUACUGCUAGCCAAGAGUGUGGUUACCGACUCCACGGUGGGAUAUUUCUUCAUUAGUUGUUUAGGAAGCAUGAUGUAGUUGUCACGUGGUUCGUAUAGCCAAUAGAACUGAAAGAAGAAAGGAGGUUAAAUGAGACGGGAGAGGGAAUGACUCCCGUAAAUAUUGGAGGGGAAUGUAGCGCCACCUAUGCCGGGGUCACAACACUGAAAUCUGUGUGAAGUUUCAUUCAAAUCAAACAUAAACAUCGCCGGUGAAGAUGGGUGUUUUACACGUGUGGAUUCUAACUUUGAUGAACAUUCUCAUUGUGCUAACAGCAGUGAGAGGUUCGAACCCGCACUUUGUGUACCGCGAGGACUGGCGUGAGCAGAGCUGCGCCAGCGUCCUCCAUCGUGUCAGGAACCAGCUGGUGAGUACCCCGCUGCCACCCGAUCUGACGGGAGACUGGGUGUCUUACAGGUGUGAGAUCAGAUCCGGUCCGGAAUACGUCGUCCGCCAUUUUGUUUUCAAAAACCGAACCUUCGAGUCGACCCUCUACCGGUAUGCCGACCCCGACUGCCACCACCCGCUCUACGCCAUCCAGUCCCGGGGCACCCACCGCCUCACCCAGGCUUCGUGGACCGUCCGGGGCGGGACGGAAGCCGAGUACGAGGUGACGUCAUCCUACGUCAUACCCUACUCGGCCAACGUCAGCCGGGAGCUGUCCCAAAAACUGGCCAGUGGUUGCGGGGACCGCCAGGCUUACACUGACAUGGCGCCCUACACCAAGUACCUAAUCUACUCGCUCCCGCCUCUUCCGGCGCCCGCUAAAACCGGCGCCGAGGCCGGUUCGAAUCCCGACAGCGACGUCGACUGUUUCCACGCGCUCAACUUCACCCUGCACGAGCUGCAGCUGGUGAUGGUGGAGCUGCGGCGUCACCACAAGCACCCCCACGGCGGGGGGCACCGGCACCACGGGCAGGAGGCCAACCUCGACAACAGCGUGGCCGGAAGUGACGUCAGCGCGGUCAAGGACGACGAGUUGCAGCUGACGCGGGAGCUGCUGCUGGGAGCCGUUCACUCGAAGCCGGAGGAGCGGCAGAGCCAUCGUCCCAGCAGCUUCCAGACGGCUCUCAAAGAGGGGCAC